UUUGAUAGUUCAUUCGCGUUGUUUUGCUUGCUAUCAACGAAACCUAACUGGAUCGGUUGCUAGCUAGCUUGACAGUGUCCUGAUUUGGUAUUAUAGGUAAAGUGGUUGUUAAUCAUUUUCAAUGUUUUCCUUGACUUUUCAGUCAAAGACACUGUAAGGCUCAUUGGGAUAGGGAUUUCAAGGAGUUGUCACGUCCACCCAGCUUUUCUGACAACAUGACAUCUCGGCGACCGGACAGCUUCGAUGGCUUAGGUUACAGAGGAAGGGAGGAUCCUGCCUACAGCGGGGGCUACACUGGAAGGUCAUUUAACAAUUCAUCUAGUGUUGACCUCCAGCAGUGGGUAACAACGCCUCCAGAUAUUCCAGGUAGUCGAAACUUGCAUUUCGGUGACCGCACGCCACAGUCAGAGACGGUCCCUGCGGGACCCGGAGGAGGUGCUGAAGAUACUCAGCCGUCGGCCCCUCCAGCCGAGCAAUUGAACAGAUUUGCAGGGUUUGGGAUUGGACUGGCCAGUCUCUUUACAGAAAAUGUGCUGGCUCACCCCUGCAUUGUGUUUCGUCGGCAGUGCCAGGUUAACUACCACGCCCGGUGCUAUCAUCUGUCUCCACUGACCGCCAUGAGCGUCAUGUACAAUGUCACCAAGACCCAGGGUCCUAAGGCUUUGUGGAAAGGGAUGGGCAGCACCUUUGUGGUCCAGGGCGUCACUCUCGGCACAGAAGGGAUUAUAAGUGAAUGCACUCCUUUACCACGGGAAUUGUCUCACAAAUGGAACCCAAAACAAGUUGUUGGGCAUUUGGUCCUCAAAGGAUUGACCUAUGUAGUUGCCAUGCCGUUCUACUCCGCAAGUCUCAUUGAAACAGUCCAGAGCGAGAUAAUCCGGGACAACCCAGGCAUUCUGGACUGUGUGAAGGAGGGCGUGGGUCGUGUGAUGGGCAUGGGCAUCCCCCACAGCAAGCGCCUACUGCCCCUCUGGGCGCUCAUUUUCCCCACUGUCCUUCACGGAGUCCUCCACUACAUAGUCAGCUCCUCCGUCCAGAAGCUGGUCCUCUUCCUCCUGCGCCGGCGUAGUCCCACCAAGCAGCCGCCUGACGGCUCGGAAACGGUGCAGAGCAUGCUGGACGCCUACUUUCCCGAACUCAUGGCCAGCUUUGCGGCCAGCCUCUGCGCCGACGUCCUCCUCUUCCCCCUGGAGACGGUGCUCCACAGGUUGCACAUCCAGGGAACGCGCACCAUCAUCGACAACACUGACCUGGGCUUCGAGGUCCUGCCCAUCAACACGCAGUAUGAGGGCAUGAGAGACUGCAUCAACGUGAUCCGCCGUGAGGAGGGGGCCCUGGGCUUUUACAAAGGCUUUGGCUCCAUCGUGGUGCAGUAUUCCCUGCACGCUGCCGUGCUGCAGAUCACCAAGGUGAUCUACUCCACCUUGCUGCAGAACGCGUGAGUGGGAGAGAGAGGGAGGAAGCAAUGGACAGCCACUGGAUCUCCAAGUCUUUUGACUAGAACACCCCCUGUUUAAAACCUACUUUUACACUCAAGUUGGAUCAUGCUCAUUCCAUAUGAGGUGGAUGAUGAUGAUGAUGAUAAUGAUGAUAACCACAACAGACAAUGCAAUAACCAAAAGAUGAAUUGUUUCUUUUAGUUUUUAUUAACAAUUGUCACUGUCACCAAGCACUUGAUAUGUAAUUUAUUGCAUGACAUCAGUAACAAUUGUCAUAAGUCCUUACUUUGUGAGCAGUCAUACAAGAGUCCAGUUCUAAGCUCUCUGGGUUGUGCGUAGUUGAGCAGAACAGAAAACCGUUUGUAUCCAAAGUUUGAUGUUGUAAAACAAACCCCAAACUUGUGUUCUCUGUAAAUCAUGGCAACAUGCUUGUGUCUUGUGUUUCUUGGUCAUCGUUAGGAAGGUUCAUAUUUGUCAAACUGCAAUGGAAAUGUAUUUCCGCUGGACUUGAAUUGGCACUAGCAGAGAAUAGUUUGUGCCAAUUUAUUCAGAGAUGUAUGUACAAAAUGUACAGUUCAAGUGAAAUAAAUUAUUUGCUUUAUAGUUAAAUAAGGUUUGUAUGUAGAUAUCUGUCUGAUUCAUCGGCCUGUCCAUGUUAUUACACCCACGAUGUAUAUUGCACAUUGCAUAAACAGUAGAUGUACCAGUGUGUGGAACAAAAAUAUUUUGCAUAUCGCUGAUUGAAGUCAGGGAUUUUAUGUGAUGAUAAUUGCCUCUUGUAAAGUACGGUGAAGGAAAGGGUAUGAGGAUAAUUUGUUAAUUGCUUGAAAAUUGAAAUAAAAUUGAAAUAAAUCUA